GGCGAUCAUGUUUGUCGCCCGACAAACGUCACUUCGUCGUUGGACGCCAUCUCGACCAGCAGCCGCCUUCAGCAGCAUCUACAUGCCAGGCCACAAGACCUUCCUCAAGACGGAGUCAUACGCGCCGCCGACAUGGGCAUCGGCCCUGGCGAAUCCACCCACGGAGCGCGUGGUGCUAGGCAACUUUCCGACCCCAAUCUUUCCAUUUCGACCGCCUGGGUUGCCCGACGGUGUCCAGAUGUUCAUCAAACGCGAUGACUACAGCGGUCUUGAAAUGUCGGGCAACAAAGCCCGCAAGCUCGAGUUCCUUCUCGCGGAAGCGUUACGUCAAGGCGCCGACUGCGUGGUCACAUGCGGGGGCGUCCAAAGCAACCAUUGCCGCGCCACCGCCGUGGCCGCGCGCAUGAUGGGUUUGGACUCGUACUUGUUGCUUCGGACAAGCGACACCGAGACCGACCCGGGUCUCGUGGGGAACUUGCUCAUUGACCGGCUUGUGGGAGCCGAGCUCAUCCUCGUGCCUCGCCGCGAGUAUGCCAAGCAGGGCGGCGGCGAUUACUUCAUCGCGAAGACCGUUGAGAAACUUCGAAAACAAGGCCGCAAGCCGUACGGGAUUCCCGUGGGUGGUAGCAAUGGAUUAGGUACUUGGGGGUACUUGGAGUCUAUCGAAGAGAUGGAGCAUCAGAUUGAGGAGCUGGAGCUACCGAUCACGGACAUUGCAUUUGCAUGUGGCAGUGGCGGCUCGGCUGCUGGCAUUGGAGUCGGCGCCUACUUGUACGCUCAAGCCCAUCAAGACAGCUCGCUCCAGUUCACUCGCAGCGAACUCCCUCCGGUGCACGCGUACAUUGUAUGCGACUCGCCGACCUACUUUUACGACCACAUCGAUCAAGUCAUCUUGCCAGGCAUGGGGCUUGGAACAGCGCCAUCGUUUUCGUCGCGCGACUGCCUUCAAAUGACCAAUGCCCAAGGUCUGGGGUAUGCCAAGAACACCAAGGAAGAGCUCGCGUACAUUUCGCUUGUGGCGCGGACCACGGGCGUGCUAUUGGACCCCGUCUAUUCUGGCAAAGCCCUAUACAUGCUGGUCAAGGACCUGCAGGACGCCCCCCACAAGUUUACGGGGAAAAGUAUCCUAUUUGUGCACACGGGCGGCCAGUUUGGCUUAUUCGACAAAGUCGCCGAGCUCAACGACGACGUCGUAGCGUCCAACCACGUAUCUGUCUUCCAAGAAAACUAACGGCUCAGUUGAGAUGGAAUAUACUAACUAGCUUACACUGUUAGUUGGGAUGGAAUUGUAAAUAUACUAACUAGCGUACACUGUUAGUUGAGAUGGAAUUGUAAAUAUACUAACUAGCUUACACUAUUAGUUGA